UACUCCACUCUUCUUCUUUUUGAUAUUCUUGUUCAACACAGGACGUUAUCACCAGUGUUUUAAUGUCACGUCGCGACAGCCGCUUAACAAAAUGGAGCUAUCAAACAAACUCCGUUGGGACCAAUUCCUGAUUUUGGCAGCAGCACUUCUGUCACCUGCAUUAACGGUGCUGUGUAAUGAUAUCCUCAGCCUGAAGGUGGCAGGAGAUCCAGUGCUAACCCCUAACUCAGUGUGCCUGAGGCUGGCAGGCCUCAGCAAACGUCAGAUGCGGAUGUGUGUGCGGAGCCCUGAUGUGACAGCGUCCGCUCUGCAGGGCAUCCAGGUGGCCAUCCACGAAUGCCAGCACCAGCUCCGGGAUCAGCGCUGGAACUGCUCCUCACUGGAGGGCCUUGGCAAGCUUCCCCAUCACAACACUGUCCUCAACAGGGGUUUUCGCGAGAGUGCCUUCUCCCUGGCCUUGUUGGCAGCGGGUGUGGCUCACUCUGUGGCCUCAGCCUGCAGCAUGGGCAAGCUGCGGGGGUGUGGCUGUGAGGCCAAGCGUCGCCAGGACGAUGACAAGAUCCGGCUGAAACUCACACAGCUGCAGCUGCAGACCCUGCAGAAGGGUGGGGUAGGCCUCGGCAUGCCACGCUCAUUACCCUCAGAGCUAAACGGUCACCAUGGCGACCUGCCCGCUAACCUGCGCUCCACCCACCCCUCCGCCCUGCUCAAGCCAUUACCAGAUGAGCUAAGCUCCAUGCAGGAGACCUGGGAGUGGGGGGGCUGCAGUCAUGACGUCCGUUUUGGGGACCGUUUUUCCAGGGACUGGCUCGACUCCCGCGGGUCUCCAAGAGACAUCCACGCUCGCAUGAGGAUUCAUAACAACCGGGUGGGACGACAGAUAGUGACUGACAACAUGAAGAGGAAGUGCAAAUGUCAUGGCACAUCAGGGAGCUGUCAGUUUAAGACCUGCUGGCAUGUGUCUCCAGAGUUCCGGGUUGUGGGUUCUUUACUCAAGGAAAAGUUCCUGUCAGCCAUCUUUGUCAACUCCCAGAACAAGAACAAUGGGGUUUUCAAUCCUCGAAUGGGAAACGGCGCCAGCGGGAGCACGGGAGGGCUCAACGGAGGUCGCCGUCGAAGCAUGUCCAGAGAGCUGGUGUACUUUGAGAAGUCUCCUGAUUUCUGUGAGCGCGAUGCAUCCGUAGACUCUCCAGGUACACAAGGACGCAUCUGCAACAAAACCAGCUACAGCACAGACAGCUGCAGCUCGCUGUGCUGCGGCCGGGGACACAACAUUUUGAAACAGACACGCAGCGAGCGCUGCAAUUGUAGGUUCCACUGGUGUUGCUACGUGCUGUGUGAGGAGUGUCGUCUCACAGAGUGGGUCAACGUGUGCAAGUAGAUCGCAGUUCUCCCACUCCCAGCUGCCUUUACCCAUCCAGGACUCAAGAUGGCGAGCCUGUCCCUUCGCCCACUCCUGUUGUUCGAGCGUUUGUUUUGCUCCUUGUGUAACUCUCCCAGAGAAUCUGUUUAUUC